AUGCCAUAUAUAAUACAGGGGCAAUCGAAUAUCCUGGAAUUAAACAGAGAGGGAAUACAUAAAAGCGAUGACGUUGAUUACAAUGAUGACAUAUGGAUACCUGUUCCCCUGGUCUUCUUCUCAUUUUUCAUUACUGCAUUUAUUUUAUUAAUUAUUCUGAUGGUACAAAAUUGCAUAAGUGGGACGUCCUUCUAUGAUGACAAUGACUAUGAUUAUUCCAAUCUACUUUAUGAUGAAGAGGUGGAAUCCGAGCAAGAUGCGGAAGCAUUACGAACAUUGACACCUGAUGAACAAGAAAUAUAUUUCCAAGCAAAAGAAUUCAUCAAGCUGAAUCACUUUGCCCAAUUAGAACUUGCAAACUGGGAGUUCGACUUGAUUAGAGAAAAGGGGGUAAAUGCUUGGGAAUUUUUGUCUCCUACUGAUGAUCAUAAUAGUGUAACUAUAGAAAAUAAAUCAGAAAUUACAUUCCACAAUAUCAAUACCCCUAUAUCAGUUCAAUCGAAUCUACCACUUCCAAAUACUAAAGACAUACAUUACGUAGAAUACAAAAUUUUUGAUAUCCCUGAGAAUAUGAAAGACAACACAAUGAUUUCCUUAGGAUUAUGUACAUAUCCAUAUCCUUCUUUUGCACUUCCAGGAAGGUACUUACACAGUGUUUCAUAUGACUCGAAUGGAGACAGGCGCCACAAUAAUCCAUUUCCUUUGGAGAGCUUGAAAGAUGGACUGCAUGCCUUUCCUCCGCUUGAGAAAGGAGAUGUUGUGGGUGUCGGGUUCAGAAGAGUUUCAAGAAACAUUUUUUUUACCAGAAAUGGUAAGAAAGUAGCUGAGAGCAAAAUAGGAGGGCAUGUUAAGUUGCCUAAAAACUUAAAACUAUUCCCAACUGUCGGAAGUAUAAAUCCAUGUAGAGUGGAUGUCAACUUUGGCCAAAUGGGGUUUGUCUAUAUUGAAGCGAACGUUAAAAAAUGGGGGUUGGCGCCGCUGAGAGGAUCAGAAGCACCGCCUCCAUUAUACACAAAGUUUAAUCAUGACGUAUUGUUAGAUACCAGUGAUGUCGAAGAAUUAGAUUUGCCGGAAUUCCAAGAAAUUGCUGAGAGUGGUAUAAACAAGCCGGCAGAAUUUACUGAUGAUGAAAGAGGGGAUGACCAGUUUACUUUAGAUACGAUUGAACAGCCACCUUAUUACAAAAAUUUAAUUGAAGAUGAAAUUCGAGAGGCAAUGAAUGGUUCAGUUGAUCAAGGGACAUCUGCAGAUCCUUAA